CAGGCAACAACCUCAGGUAAAUACAGGUGUAGAGAGAUUAAGCCCUUCCCAGAGGGGCACACGCCGUUCGUAUGAUCUACGAAGUGUCAAAACUGGACGUUUUUCUCCUCGUUUCCAACCCAUGAGCUUUUAUUUGGGUCAAGUUCAAUUUUUGAGUGCUUCAGUCACUCCGCUACCACCGAAAGAAUCGGACUGACAACCAAUUUGCCGCCGAUGUACAAUGUAAAAGUGGAAACAGGUGGCUCUAUUGAGGCACUAUUUUCCUAGUCAUUCAAUAUUUGACAAAAACGAAAAAACUGAUGAUGGAGCGGAGAUUACUUUGGUCUACUAAUGGAACAUUUCUUGACAUUUUGACGUUUAAUUAAAAGCAGGGGUCGCCAGAAAAGAUAGAAUACCUGGUAAAGAAUAACAACAUUUGUUCAGAUUGAAUGAAAAAGCCGUAAGAGGAGUACACAUCUAAAUGGAAUUAAGUUCUCGAUGAGCUUCAGGAAAACCCGCCAAAAGAAUCAGACAUUGCAGUGAGUCAAGCUACUUGAAAGAUCUUUAAAAGUUAUUCUCGCAAAUACACUUUUAAGGAGCAAGUUAUUCGCUAUCACUUUUCAAAUUUUCAAGCCAACUAGGUCUGGAGGAUCCUACGCUUGGUGAAACGUUGGUUUCAAAUCGCUGAAAGACCGUUUGAAGAAAUUCGUCAUAUUUGGUUGAAGACCUUUUCCUAGUGAACAAGCAUCGGACGGAAGUUGUUAUUCAAACAUUGACUCCUUUCGUUAAAAACAACCCGACCGAAAGUGCGCGCUUAUUUAAGGCAGUUUAGUACUUAGCUAAAUUGUGCUUUAGCCAAACUAUGAAUGACUCCUCAACUCCUUCAGUUACUUGGUCUUCUGUUGGGAAAGCCAUUCCAAUGAUAUUUAUUUCGUUGGUGGCUUUAGGUGGCAACUCUAUUGUUGUCAUCUCUGUUGCGACAAAAAAAGUCAUUCGGCGUGUGCCAGCCAAUAUAUUUGUCUUGAAUUUAGCCGUGACGGACAUUUCAGCAGGUCUUAUCUGCAUACCUCUUUCCUACAUCACCGUGCUCUGUAAUAACAAUUGGAUUUUUGGGGAAGCUAUCUGCCAAGUGGAGGCUUUUGUCAUAGUUCUGCUCUCCAACGUGACUUUGUUGACUUUGUUUAGCUUCAGCUGGUACAGAUAUAAAACCAUCACUUCUUACUAUAAAUACUCCACGCUUGAAUUAUGGAGAUUGGUAAAAUGUAUGGUGGGCGCCAUAUGGGGUGUAAGUAUCUUUUUCACCCUUCCCCCUGUGUUUGGGUGGGGCGAGUUUUAUUUCAACUCUAGUAUUUCCACGUGCUCGCUGAACUGGUCAAAACAUAUGUCUUACAGUAUAUUAAUACUUGUGUCGCUAUUUUGUAUACCUUCGUGCCUCAUGACAGUGUUUUACUACAAGAUUAUGAAGUUUGUUCGUAAGCAUAACAAGAAUUUUCGCUCCAGUAAAGGGUGGUGUGGUGCUACCGAUAGUCAGUUGAGCUGUUCCAACCUUGAUCAAGUUGGCAAAGUGCCUGAGGUAAUAAUUAACUUUCCUGAUUCUAGCAUUCAGACUGGUGCAAGCACACUGAUUGCCGAAACAGGAACAAUCCAUAACUUUAAGUUGCAUAUGCGAGCAGUAGGCACAACGCCUUCAACAUCUUCAGGACUGGCUCCAGUAGAAACGUUUAGCGUUAAAGACGCAACAGUCAUAGAGGACAACAACAGCCAAACAUCUCGGGUCAUUUCUCCAACUCCGUCAGAACAAUCAGGUAUCGUGCGGCUCGGCAAAACGCAGAAACGAUUUAAUCAACAAGAAAAGCUAGUUAAAGUAUUGUUGGUGACUAUUCUGGCAUUCAAAGUUUGUUGGUUUCCUUUCGCUGUGUAUAGCAUCCUCGAAACUCUAGACCUGCAUGCGAGUGAUUCUUCAUCGUUUCCUCUGGUGGCAGCAUGGCUGGCAUUUUCAAACACAAUCUGCAAUCCUAUCAUAUAUGCAUUCUUGAAUAAGCAGUUCAAAAUGGCAUUUAAAGAUGUAAUCCGAGUACUAUGCCGAGGUAAAAUACGCAAAAAUACAGUAGAGCCCCACUCAGUGGUCCGGCCUUAGGAAAUAUUGCCGCACUGAUCUAUUGACCAGAAGUGGAUGUGUGAAGUUCUUUGAAAUUGACUGUUAUCAAGGACCAUAAGAGACCAAACAUAAGCAAGUUACUUAUGCAAAAAGUGGGCUAUUUACACACCUGUAUGUCCCACCUUCCAUCUUACUUUAAGGCGGGUGUUCACCAAUAUUUCAACAUUUUAUUUUUUUCCGCACUUCUCUCCGGUUUUAAGUCAGAGUUUUUGCCAAUGUUAGGUGUACACACAUACAAUCUCAUAAAAUCUCGGCCAAAUGGAAAUGAGGGAAACAACUUCAGAAAUGAGAUGACAGCAAAACUUGAAUGAUUUUAGAACUUCAUUGCUUGAGGGAGAAUACCUAGAGUGCUCUCAAGUCAAAGGAACCUUAGCCAUAUAAUGUUUUAACCAAGAUCCCAAGAUCUCAUUAGUCAGUUCUCUUUACUGUCUACCAUACAAUUUUUAUGAUGUUAGGUUUGAGAAUU